AUGGUCAAGACUUCCGUCCUCAACGAUGCGCUCAACGCCAUCAACAACGCCGAGAAGGCUGGCAAGCGCCAAGUCCUGAUCCGUCCUUCUUCCAAGGUCAUCGUCAAGUUCCUCACUGUCAUGCAGCGUCACGGCUACAUCGGCGAGUUCGAGGAGGUCGACGACCACCGUAACGGCAAGAUUGUCAUCCAGCUCAACGGCCGCAUCAACAAGACCGGUGUCAUCUCUCCCCGCUACAACGUCCAGCUCCGCGACAUGGAGAAGUGGGUUGUCAAGCUACUUCCCUCGCGUCAAUUCGGUUACAUCGUCCUUACCACCUCUGCUGGUAUCAUGGACCACGAGGAGGCCCGCAGGAAGCACGUUGCCGGAAAGAUUCUUGGUUUCUUCUACUAG